GCAGUGAGCAAAUUGGCCCUCUGUACAUGACAGUUGAAAUAUUAAACUCUAGAGUUGUCUUGGAGAAAAAGUCGGGAAACAAGUAUAAGACUAGUAAAGGUCGAUACCCCAAUGCCCAGAUUAAACCCACGUAAAGAAGAGAAGAAGAGAAAAUGACUUCUGCAGUCGAAUUGCUGCCCAAAGAAUACGGCUAUGUACAAGGUGCCAUAUCCGACCAUGUAUGUGUCGGAAUCGGAGAACAAAGAUGCAAAAGUGUUCAACUGUGUGCAGAGAGGGCAUCAGAACUCUCUCGAAAUGAUGCCAAUGUUCUUUGUGCUUCUGGUAUUGGGAGGUCUUAAGCAUCCUUGCAUCUCCGCCACCCUUGGUUUCCUCUUCACUUUCACUCGCUAUUUCUACUUCAAAGGCUACGCCACCGGUGACCCCAUGAACCGCCUUGCCAUCGGGAAAUACGGGUUCUUGGCUAUAAUCGGGCUUAUAGGGUGCACAAUUUCGUUUGGGGUCAGUCUUCUUCUUCUAGGAUAAAGAAAAAGCUGAACGAAGCUCUCAUCUCAGACUCUUAUGGCGGGGGAGAGCUUGCUUGCUUGCUUACUAUUGCUGUCUCAUAUGCGCUGCUGCAAAGGUCCUGCAGUUUUCCUUUUGUUUGUAGUGUUGGCUUUGAAUAAGAAAGAAAGUGCAAGAUAUAGGAAGGACGGAGUGUGUCUGUUGCGCUUUGUAGGCCUACUUUUGAUGUUUUAUGCAUAUAAUUGUUUAAGAUACAUGAUUUUCAUAUGGUUAAACAUCAGGUUAAUUUUAUGCCAGUUAGGACUCGUUUGGAAAGUGUACUUUUAAAAUAACCGAAAUCAUUUUGAUGAAAGUUUUUUUA